AUGAUAGAGGCGGGGAAGCCCCGCCCCCUCCCCGCGGCGGCCUCCUAUUGGAGCAGCUGGCUGUCCAUCACAGCCCCCCACCCGCCCCCUCCGCCCAGUCCGGCGCCCGGGCUCGGGGCCGGCCGGGGGGGGCGAAGCGCAGCGGCCGAGCGGAGCGUGGUGCGCAGCGCCGGAGCGGCCCGUCGGGGAGGGGAGGGAGGGGAGGGGGGGGCCGGCCGCCGACAUGACCCCCGCGGCCCCCGGACGGACGCUCUGAUCCUCGCCCCCGCCCCCCCAACCCUCGGGCUGCAGCCCCUGCCAGCCGGAGACCACCCCCCAGCCCACCCCGGGAUCCUUGCCCUCGGAGCCCCCGAGGUUUCUGCACCGGGAGCCCCCGGGAUUGCGGCCAUCGGAGCCCCCGGGGGCGCUGCGGCCGGACCUCCCGAAAUCCUGCAGCCGGAGCCCCUGAGGUUUCUGCAGCCGGAGCCCCUGAAGUUUCUGCAGCCGGACCUCCUGAGGUUUCUGCAGCCGGAGCCGCUGAAGUUCCUGCAGCCGGAGCCCCUGAGGUUUCUGCAGCCGGAGCCGCUGAAGUUCCUGCAGCCGGAGCCCCUGAAGUUUCUGCAGCCGGACCUCCUGAGGUUUCUGCAGCCGGAGCCCCUGAGGUUUCUGCAGCCGGACCUCUUGAGGUUUCUGCAGCCGGAGCCCCUGAGGUUUCUGCAGCCGGACCUCUUGAAGUUUCUGCAGCCGGAGCCGCUGAAGUUCCUGCAGCCGGAGCCCCUGAAGUUUCUGCAGCCGGAGCCCCUGAGGUUUCUGCAGCCGGACCUCUUGAGGUUUCUGCAGCCGGAGCCCCUGAGGUUUCUGCAGGCGGAGCCCCUGAGGUUUCCGCAGCCGGAGCCCCCGGAAUCGGUGCGAUCGGAGCCCCCGGGGUCGCCGCAGGCGGAGCUGCUGCUGCUGCUGCUGCUGGCCGGGCGGGCGCGGGCCUUCGGCGACGAGGAGGAGCGGCGCUGCGACCCCAUCCGCAUCGCCAUGUGCCAGAACCUGGGCUACAAUGUCACCAAGAUGCCCAACCUGGUGGGGCACGAGCUGCAGGCCGACGCCGAGCUGCAGCUCACCACCUUCACCCCGCUCAUCCAGUACGGCUGCUCCGGACAGCUGCAGUUCUUCCUGUGCUCGGUCUACGUCCCGAUGUGCACGGAGAAGAUCAACAUUCCCAUCGGCCCCUGCGGCGGCAUGUGUCUCUCGGUCAAGAGGAGGUGCGAGCCGGUCCUGAAGGAGUUUGGCUUCGCCUGGCCGGACAGCCUGAACUGCAGCAAAUUCCCCCCGCAGAACGACCACAACCACAUGUGCAUGGAGGGCCCCGGGGACGAGGACGUGCCCCUGCCCCACAAGACGUCCCUGGUGCCCGGCGAGGAGUGUCACUCGAUGGGCGCCCGCUCGGACCAGUACGUCUGGGUGAAGAGGAGCCUGUCCUGCGUGCUCAAGUGCGGCUACGACGCCGGCCUCCACAGCCGGUCGGCCAAGGAGUUCACCGACGUCUGGAUGGCCGUCUGGGCCAGCCUGUGCUUCGUGUCGACGGCCUUCACCGUCCUGACGUUCCUCAUCGACUCGUCCCGCUUCUCCUACCCGGAGCGGCCCAUCAUCUUCCUCAGCAUGUGCUACAACAUCUACAGCGUCGCCUACCUCGUGCGGCUGACGGUGGGCCGGGAGAGGAUCUCCUGCGACUUCGAGGAGGCCGCGGAGCCCGUCCUCAUCCAGGAGGGCCUGAAGAACACGGGCUGCGCCAUCAUCUUCCUGCUGAUGUACUUCUUCGGGAUGGCCAGCUCCAUCUGGUGGGUCAUCCUGACCCUCACGUGGUUCUUGACGGCCGGGCUGAAGUGGGGCCACGAGGCCAUCGAGAUGCACAGCUCCUACUUCCACAUCGCCGCCUGGGCCAUCCCGGCCGUGAAGACCAUCGUCGUCCUGAUCAUGCGGCUGGUGGACGCGGACGAGCUCACGGGCCUGUGCUACGUCGGCGGCCAGAACCUCGACGCCCUCACCGGCUUCGUCGUGGCCCCCCUCUUCACGUACCUGGUGGUCGGGACCCUGUUCAUCGCCGCCGGGCUCGGCGCCCUGUUCAAGAUCCGCUCGAACCUCCAGAAGGACGGGACCCAGACGGACAAGCUGGAGAGGCUGAUGGUCAAGAUCGGCGUCUUCUCCGUCCUCUACACGGUGCCGGCCACCUGCGUGAUCGCCUGCUACUUCUACGAGAUCUCCAACUGGACGCUGUUCCGCUCCUCGGCCGACGAGGCCGGCGUGGCGGUGGAGACGCUCAAGAUGUUCAUGUCCCUGCUGGUGGGCAUCACCUCCGGCAUGUGGAUCUGGUCGGCGAAGACGCUGCACGCGUGGCAGAAGUGCUCCAACAGACUGGUCAAUUCAGGGAAGGUAAAACGGGACAAGAGAGCCGACGGUUGGGUGAAAUCCGGGAAAGGAAACGAAACUGUAGUGUGAACCCGUCCGACCCGCGAAUUGCCCUGCCCUCCUCCCCUUCUGUCUCUGUCUCUCUCUGUCUCUCUUCAUCUCUCUCUGUCUCUCACCCUCUCUGUU